AUGGCGGCGCUGGGGAGAAGCGUGUGUUGGGCCCAGCGGCAGCUGCUGCAGAGGAGCCCGAGUUGGGAGUUUAAUGCGCGGCGCUGGGUCCGGGCUUUGAGGCGGAGGCCCGUGAGAGUGAUAUACCCAGACGGACAAGUCGAGGAACGGAAGCCCGCUCCUAGGAAGCAGCCCCGGAAGGCGGCGGCGGAGUCCGGCGUCCAGGAGCGGACCGUGAAGACGCCGCUUCCGAGCCCCCCAGCUCAGAUUUUGCGCACCUGGGAGGAGUCGGGGCUCCGCUACGAUAAGGCUUUGCCCGGGGACAGGAGGCUGAGUAGUGUCAUGACAGUUGUUAAAUCCCGAUCGUUUCGUGAUAAACAAGGCAAGAUUCUGCUGGAAGGCCGCAGGUUGAUCACAGAUGCUCUGCGAGCUGGUGCCGUGCCCCAGGUUUUCUUCUUUAGUCGGCUGGAAUAUAUAAAGGAGCUGCCCCUUGACAAGCUGAAAGGUGUCAGCCUCAUUAAGGUGAAGUUUGAGGCUAUCAAGGAUUGGUCGGACCUAGUAACACCACAAGGAAUAAUGGGGAUUUUUGCCAAGCCAGACCCUGUUAAGAUGAAAUUCCCAGAAACUGAGCUUUGCCAUUCAUUGCCAUUGUUGUUGAUCUGUGACAAUCUCCGUGACCCUGGAAACUUGGGGACAGCUCUCAGAUCUGCUGCUGGAGUCGGCUGCAGUAAGGUGUUACUCACCAAAGGCUGUGUGGAUGCCUGGGAGCCCAAAGUGCUGCGGGCAGGAAUGGGUGCACAUUUUCAGAUGCCCAUCAUCAGCAAUCUGGACUGGGAGUCAUUGCCCCACCACCUGCCCCCCGACACCAGGGUCUACGUGGCUGACAACUGUGGUCUUCAUAGGCAGGUGCAGAAGUCUAGUAAAGCCAGCGACCGAGGCUGGGCACCCAACCACCAACCCGUGAAGCAUCACAAGUAUGAGGAGGAGGAAGACAGAGAACCGAAAACUGUUGAAGGCUGGCUCCCUGAACUUGAGGUCCAGAGUUAUGACUUGGACUGGAUGGAAGCCCCUGCGGCAGUAGUGAUAGGGGGGGAGACACACGGAUUGAGUGUCGAGUCCCUGCAGCUAGCUGCGAGCACAGAGGGCAGGCGGCUGUUGAUCCCUGUUGUACCUGGCGUGGACAGCCUCAACUCAGCCAUGGCAGCCAGCAUCCUGCUGUUUGAAGGGAGGAGACAGUGGCGGGCAAAGGCCCGGCUCAUGAGCAGGGGCAGGAGUGACCUGGAGGGGGCCCAUAUGCAUUAGUGUUGGGACUUGGGGCAGUCUCUGGCCCCUGCUUCGUGUGUGUCUUGUUCCUCCAACCACAGCAAACAGUAGGUAGCACACAGGUAUAAUGGAUGAAUUUCUAUUCAUCCUUAAAUAUGGAAAGUUAAAUUU